AAUUUGUAUAAACCAUAGUGGAGACUUUGUUAUAUAAUCCACACAAGGAUUUGUUUUGCGGCACGUUAGAGUCUUGAUGGGAUUGAUUGCGACCUGUAAAAAGGUUUUUGUAGUCUAAUAAGUGGUUCAUAUAAAGGUUUACAACUUUACUUACACGAAAUGAAUUUUACUUUUUACAGCCUGAAAAACGCGUUUCGGAUGCAAUAGAAAUUUAUUUGCUGCCCGUGAUUCAGCUUAAGAUCUUGUGAGUUCUACAAUUGAGAGAGUGAUGAUUAUGAUUGGUAAAGUGGUAAUGUUGCAAAAUCGUAUAAAUUUUGCGAAAUGGUGGGAAUAACAACUCGAAAAAUUGCAAAUUUGGCGGAACCUUGUGGUUGGUUAAAAUCUAUGAAUUUGGGAAAUCAUUUGGCCAAGAUGCAAAACUGUUAUAAACUUUUCUCUAGCUCGAUUUAUAUUUUAAUAUGACAUAAUUCUUGGGAUUGGUACAAGAUAAUGAAGAAACCAUUGUUUGUAAGAACAACACCCUCAGUUUUGGUGAAAAUAUUGCAAAAUGCAAACAAUGAAACAAACGUGUAGCGUUGGUAAAACUAAAAACCAAUUGAUGCCAAUAAAAGAAAAAGGCAUUGAAGGACUCUUUCACAAAUAACAAAUUUGUGAUUGGUAUAUGACUAUUAAAAAAAGUUAGAAACAAUUAGUAAUUAUCGAGUCGAUACAUCAUCAGCAUUUCACCACUUAUUAGACUAAGACCAAAGAAAGACCAAAAAUAUAAAGUACAAUACCCCAGACGCACUUAUCGCGAGUGAACUCCACGUUCGUUUUCUUCAGUGGAAGAAAACCAUUUUUAUGUUUGGGUAUGGCGCGUGUGGUAUCGUAUCACAGCUUUCCUUUUUUAGAACGAUCGCUUGUUUUCUUUUCUUUCCAAAUCAAUUCAUGUUGCUGUGAUGUUUUGUUGGUAUAUAAAGCUUGGAGUUGUUAGCAAUUUGGACUAUUAAAUAUUACUUCUUCCAUCUUCUGCUCUGUUCUCUUAAAAAUGAUGGUAGUUUUUUUUUCUUAUGGUUUUCAAACAAAAAAACAGUCUUUUAAUUUAGUCCCUUUAAUUUAUAUACAGUUCGAGUGUUUUUUAAUUAAUGGUUUUUAUUCACAUGCAAUUUCUGCAGAAAAUGAUUGUGUGGAUGGGUGUUUAUGAUCAGAAAUCCAAGAGCAAAAUCUUGAAGAGUGUUGCUGACUUACCCGGGAUUCACUAUCCUUGCAUGGAUUUGAAAGAAGGGACAUUAACACUGGUUGGAGAUGUUAAUCCUGUGGAGAUCGUUAACAAGCUCAGAAAGAAAUGGAGAAGAGCUAAAUUAACAUUAUUUGUACCUUAUGAUGCUUUGAAAGAAGCAAAACUUGCUGAGGCUAAGCAGAGGAGAGAAGAGAUUGAACGUGAAGCUCUUUACAGAUAUAACCGUGAAAUUCGUGAGAUUGUCAAUGAUCAGGAGCAAGGUUGUGUCAUUUGCUAGAGUUCUAAAGAAAAAUAAAAUAAAAAGACAAAAGGUAAUUUAACUAUUUUAAUUUGUUGGAUUUAUAGUUCAUAUUGAUUAAUGAAUAAAGACAAUUUAUGAGUAAGGAUGAAUUAUGGAGUUUGAUCGUGGAUGCUUUUAUUUUAGCUGUGUUCGCUUGAGUAAU